UGUAGCAGUAUAAAUUCUUGAUUGCAUAGGAUUAUGACUAAUCAUUAAUAGUAUUCCUAAUGAAGCAAACAAUGAUGGGAAUGUUACAGUAUUUUCUUUUGGUAUUGUUUGGUGUUCUUACUACUAUUUUGGUUUUGAUACAAGCUCAAGAUCAAUCAGGAUUCAUUAGCAUAGAUUGUGGCCUACCUGAACAUAUGACCUAUUCUCAAACGACCACAGGCAUAAAUUAUAUUUCAGAUGCCAAAUUCAUAGAUACUGGUGUAACUAAGAGGAUACCUCCUACAGAUAUUAUAAUCAAACAACAACUAGAAUAUGUGAGAAGCUUUCCAAGUGGAGUGAGAAAUUGUUACAAAAUAAAUAUAACAAGUGGUACUAAAUAUUUAAUCAGAGCUUCUUUCUAUUAUGGUAACUAUGAUGAUCUAAACAAGCCACCACAAUUUGAUCUUCAUUUUGGAGCUAAUGUUUGGGAUACUGUAAACUUCACCAAUCUAUCGCGCAUCACAACCAGUGAGAUCAUUUACACUCCAUCACUAGAUUACAUACAACCAUGUCUUGUUAACACAGACAAAGGGACUCCAUUCAUUUCAGCUAUAGAAUUGAGGACUUUGAACAAUAAAACUUAUGUCACACACUCAGCUAAAUCAUCAGUAUUAUCACUUUCCUUUCGAUUUGAUAUAGGUUCCAUCACAAAUUUACAAUACAGGUACAAAGACGAUGUUUAUGACCGUGUCUGGUUUCCUUUUCAAUUGAAUGAAAUGAAACGAUUAAGCACCAAUGAUGAUCUAUUAAUUCAGAAUAAUUAUAAACUACCAGCAGUUGUGAUGAACACUGCUGUUACACCAAUAAAUGCCAGUGCCCCUUUACAAUUUCAUUGGAACGCAGAUAAUGUAAAUGACCAAUACUACGCAUAUUUACACUUUAAUGAGGUUGAGAAGCUGGCAGCAAAUGAAACUAGAGUGUUCAAUAUCACAGUGAAUGACGAGUUUUGGUAUGGACCUGAGAUACCAGUAUAUCAGGCACCAGAUGCCAUAUUUAGUACAAAACCUUUGACUGGAGCCACAAGGUAUCAAGUUUCCCUUUUUAAGACAGAAAAGUCAACCCUUCCACCAAUCCUCAAUGCCUUUGAGGUAUAUAAACUAAAAGACUUCUCGCAUUCAGAAACUCAACAGGGUGAUGUUGAUACUAUGACAAACAUCAAGAAUGCUUAUGGGGUGACUAGGAAUUGGCAGGGAGAUCCAUGUGGUCCCGUGAAAUAUAUGUGGGAAGGCUUAAACUGCAGUAUUGAUGGUGGAAAUAACCCCAAAAGAAUCAUAUAUUUGAAUUUGUCUUCAAGUGGAUUGACAGGGGAGAUAUCAUCUGCCAUAUCAAAGCUCACUAUGUUGCAAUACUUGGAUUUAUCAAACAAUAGCUUGAACGGUCCUUUACCUGAUUUUCUGAUGCAGCUGAGGUCACUAAAAAUCUUAAAUGUAGGGAAGAACAAACUUACAGGGUUAGUUCCAAGUGGACUCCUUGAGAGAUCAAAAACAGGUUCAUUAUCACUGAGUGUGGAAGACAAUCCUGAUCUUUGUAUGACAGAAUCCUGCAAAAAGAAGAACAUUGUUGUACCACUUGUUGCAUCGUUCUCAGCUUUAGUUGUAAUCCUUUUGAUUUCUCUUGGAUUUUGGAUAUUCAGAAGACAAAAAGCUGUGGCUGCGUCUUCAUAUUCAAAUGAAAGGGGUUCAAUGAAAUCCAAACACCAAAAAUUCAGUUAUUCUGAAAUUCUCAACAUUACUGAUAACUUCAAAACUGUUAUUGGAGAAGGAGGAUUUGGAAAAGUUUACUUUGGCAUUCUACAAGAUCAAACUCAAGUCGCGGUUAAGAGGCUUUCACCAUCAUCAAUGCAAGGUUAUAAGGAGUUUCAAUCAGAGGCACAACUUCUAAUGAUUGUUCAUCAUAGAAAUUUGGUCCCUCUCAUCGGAUAUUGUGAUGAAGGUCAAAUCAAAGCAUUGAUUUAUGAAUACAUGGCCAAUGGAAAUCUCCAACACUUUUUAGUGGAAAAUUCAAAUAUCUUAAGUUGGAAUGAGAGGCUUAACAUUGCAGUUGACACAGCACAUGGAUUGGAUUAUCUUCAUAAUGGAUGUAAGCCACCUAUUAUGCAUAGAGAUUUGAAGCCAUCAAACAUAUUGCUAGAUGAGAACUUGCAUGCAAAGAUUUCUGAUUUUGGUCUAAGUAGAGCUUUUGGUAACGAUGAUGAUUCUCAUAUAUCUACUCGCCUUGCUGGUACAUUUGGUUACGCUGAUCCAAUAUAUCAGAGAACAGGAAACACAAAUAAGAAAAAUGAUAUUUACAGCUUUGGGAUAAUUCUAUUUGAGUUGGUCACUGGGAAGAAAGCAAUAGUAAGAGAAUCCGGAGAAAACAUUCACAUACUUCAAUGGGUUAUUCCCAUAGUUAAAGGAGGGGAUAUUCAAAAUGUUGUUGAUUCGAGGUUGCAGGGUGAAUUUAGCAUCAAUUCAGCAUGGAAAGCAGUAGAGAUUGCCAUGUCAUGCACUUCACCAAAUGCACUUGAAAGGCCAGACAUGAGCCAGAUAUUGGUAGAGCUAAAGGAAUGUCUAUGUUUGGAAAUGGUUCAGAGAAAUAAUGAAAGCACGAGUGCUAGAGAUGAAUUUGUUUCUGUAGCUACUAUAUCAGAAUCCACUAUUUUAGCUAGAUAACCCCAAUUUAUAAUGAUAUUUUUGUUCUAUAUUCAAUGUCACUCCAAAUGACCUAGUACAUUAGUCCUUGUUGUAUCAUAUAGACAUAUACAAUAAUUUGUAUUCUUGAAGUUUUCUAGGACUAGAAAAAUUAUUGUCAACUAGUACAGUAGGAGUGAUGCUUAAUUAAAAACACAAUUUUUCUCCUAAA